AUGGCGUGGCUGCUUCAACAGGAGUCGGUGAUCAGAAUUUCAUUUCAUCAGUGCAUGACUGGGUUGCGAGUUAGCCCCGAAGGUCCUUCGCGAAAAGAUACUUCCUUCGUCGCGAACCACCUUGGCUUGGCUGCUCUGCUUUCCGAGUACCAGUGUGACCAUGGGCAUGAACAUCUGGCUCUUCAGAAUGGGCUCCCGAAGAAGGCUCAAGCUUAUCCGACGGAAUUGGUGCACAUCAUUUUGCAGGGCAUCUCUCUUUCCUCAACGCCGCUCAGCUGCUACGACUCCAGCUUUCCGACCUUGGAGGACGAAGAAACUGAAGCAGCAGAGCAAGUUGAGGAAGAUGAACCAGACGAUGCUGAGCCGCGCAGGCCUCUUGGAGAGCUUGAGAGAAGGCAAGCUGAGCAGUUGGCAGCGGAUCAAGUCAAGAAGGUGAAGCUCCUGCACGUCAACCUAGGUCACAUCUCAACUGAGAAGAUGCUAGUCUUGCUGAAGGCUGCCCGGGCCAAAGAGGCCGUGAUGCGAUUUGUGAAGGACUCCUAUCGUUGUGAGCAAUGCCAGAAACAAAAGAGACCAAUCGAGCGUCGCAAGGCGACCAUGCCUCGCACCUUUUCCUUCAACCGAUACAUUGACGUGGUCAUUUUUUACAUAGCACUGCAAGGCAAGACACUGGCUUAUUUGAACGUCAUUUGUCACGGCGCCAAUUUUCAGCAAAUACAAUGGUUGCAAAGGUAUGACGCUGGAACUCCUUCCUCUCGUAGUGUGUGGCAAGCCUUUUUAGCAGCUUGGUUGAAGCCCUUUGGCAAUCCAGAGGUUGUUUUGUCAGAUGGGGGCUCAGAGUUUAAGGACUGCUUCGAACGGCACCUGGAACAAUAUGGGAUUCUACAGGUGAUUAGUGAUGCGGCCUCCCCGUGGCAGAACGGGCGGGUGGAACGCCACGGGGGAUGGUUAAAGGAGAAGGCAGAAGAUGAGCUAUCCUCCGGCAACAGCAUAGUCAGUUCUCCAGAAGACUUGAAUGAAGUACCUUGGCAGGACGUUGUGGCUGACGCCUAUGAUUUGGACACAGCUGGGGCCGAAUUCGCUCGGGCUCAGAAGCUUCGACAAAAAGCCCGCAAACUCUGCGUUCAGUUUACUUCAAGCGAGAAGGUUUGCUUAGGUGAACUCAAGGGCAGACUGGAGCAAUGCAACAUCACUGAUGCCAAAUCGCUGUACGCCUCUUCUCGUCAAAAUCGACGGACGGCAGUGGAGUUGGCCAUCAUUUUAGAAGCAUUGACGCGAGCAAGGUCGGUGGUUAGGUGGUCUCCACACCCUCGAAUGGUUGCUGACACUCUCACCAAGGAAGACAUUAGUCGCAGCAACGGCGCCUUGGAAGAGACACUUCGCUCCUCACGGUUGAGUUUGUGGGACGAAGAAGCAGAGCUCGAGAGGAGACGACAAUGCCCAUCCUCCAAGCUGCGCUCUAAAAGAGCUCCCAGCUCCUUUCGAGAGGAACUCGUUCUCUUAGCAAGCUUGAUCAACAAAGAUUGGGGGGAGCUGAGUGAAAGCGACCUCCUGUCUGUUCAUGAGGGUUGA